GCGAGAUUUCAUAGUCUUCCUCACCGUGUGGACGUUAGUGCUGGAAGGUGUGCUCAAUGGCGGUCGCUGUUUCGGCGGUAAAUACUCUGUUUUGAACAGUAAAAGCUCCCAAUAUAUAAGACAGCCCAGCGGAGAGCAGGCGCUAGAGCAUAUCUCUUGACUGUACUAAAUUUCCAAAGCCAAUGGCAGAACCUUUUGGGUUCAAACCUCCUUAAGGGGGGGACAGUGCAUCACUCUGGAGUUCAUUUGAGCAAAGUUUCGCUGCAGCUCACAUUCAUCAGGUCUGACAGAUGCCUGUGCUCUGUGCAGGGAGGUGAGGCUCUGAUGAUGGAGAAUGGACAGAGCACGGCCUCGAAGCUCGGCCUGCCACCCCUCACUCCCGAACAGCAAGAGGCGCUACAGAAGGCAAAGAAGUAUGCCAUGGAACAAAGCAUCAAGAGCGUCCUGGUCAAGCAGACCAUCGCCCAUCAGCAGCAACAGCUCACCAACCUACAGAUGCCUAAUUCUCUUCAAAUGGCAUCGUUAACGAUGGGUUUUGGAGAUCCCCUCUCACCACUACAGUCUGUUGCAGCACAGAGGCAACGGGCACUAGCCAUAAUGUGCCGUGUUUAUGUUGGGUCCAUAUACUACGAGUUAGGAGAAGACACCAUCAGACAGGCCUUUGCUCCUUUCGGUCCCAUUAAAAGCAUUGACAUGUCCUGGGACUCUGUUACAUUAAAACACAAGGGUUUCGCAUUUGUAGAAUAUGAAGUACCAGAAGCAGCACAGCUCGCUCUAGAACAGAUGAACUCCGUUAUGCUUGGCGGUAGAAACAUUAAAGUGGGCCGACCGAGCAACAUUGGUCAAGCUCAACCCAUCAUAGACCAGCUAGCCGAAGAAGCACGCGCCUUCAACCGAAUUUACGUGGCAUCCGUUCAUCCGGACCUGUCGGACGAUGACAUCAAGAGUGUGUUCGAGGCCUUCGGAAGAAUCAAGUCAUGCAGUCUGGCGAGGGACCCGACGACGGGGAAGCACAAAGGCUAUGGCUUUAUAGAAUAUGAUAAGGCCCAGUCUGCGCAGGAUGCGGUGUCCUCCAUGAACCUGUUUGACUUAGGGGGCCAGUACCUGCGAGUGGGCAAAGCCGUCACACCUCCCAUGCCACUUCUAACUCCAGCGACGCCGGGUGGACUGCCUCCUGCCGCUGCUGUAGCAGCUGCGGCCGCCACCGCCAAAAUCACUGCACAGAUGGCAUGGAAUCUGUCCCAGCCGGAGAAUCGGACAGAAGACUUCCUCAACUGUCUGGAAGCGGUAGCAGGAGCCUCUAUUCUUGGGGCGAUGACAGCCGGGACGGGCCUGAGCAUGCCCCAGCUCCCACAAGCCGUCAUGGCAGCUCAGGCCCCAGGAGUCAUCACAGGGGUGACGCCGGCCCGGCCUGCAAUGCCUGUUGUGCCUCAGGUGGGUCUUGUGAACCCAGUGUUGUCAUCUCCACCGACAUUGUCGGCGGCUGUGGCUGCAGCUCAAGAGGCAAAAAAGGAAAAAGAAGAGGAGGAAGCCCUUCUAGAUGGCUUGGGUCAGGAGAUGCUCAGUGAACAGGAGCACAUGAGCAUCUCUGGUAGCAGCGCACGACAUAUGGUCAUGCAGAAGUUGUUGAGAAAACAGGAGUCUACGGUUAUGGUGCUCAGAAACAUGGUUGGUCCAGAAGACAUAGAUGACGAUCUGGAAGGAGAAGUAACGGAGGAAUGUGGAAAAUUUGGAGCUGUUAAUAGAGUGAUCAUCUACCAGGAGAAGCAGGGUGAGGAGGAGGAUGCCGAAGUCAUUGUCAAGAUCUUUGUGGAGUUUUCGGCAGCGUCAGAGAUGAACAAGGCCAUUCAGGCACUCAACAACCGCUGGUUUGGCGGUCGUAAGGUCAUUGCUGAGGUGUACGAUCAGGAACGGUUCGACAACAGUGACCUCUCUGCAUAGACUGUCAAAAAUACAUCAUUGCCCUUCAUAACCUCUCUCUUUCUCACUUACACAGACGCAGCCGCCAGCCACUCAUCCCAGUGGUACUGGCUUCUCUUUGUAACUUGUAAUUAUUUUUUAUCGAUGUUGAUAUUAAUAUUAUUAAUGAUCCCUUCUUGGGACAGAGGCAAAGAAACGCUCAUGAAUAUUUUUUUUAUUGUUGCUGUUCAUUAAUGUGAAUGACUGGAUGCCCCCCUUUUUUGGGUCAUUGGUUUACACCCCAUUCUACCAAUUACAUGUUUUGUUUUUCGAUUGUCCCACCCCUCUUUGUUUCAAAUUAUUGUCAUUAGCCUGUUAUGAUGCUCAUGGUUUCACAUGCCAGAACAAUAAAUUCUUCAAAUAUGA